GCAUGCUGUGUGAGCGCUCACACACUGAGAGCAAGUGAUGGGAGACAAGCUCUGUCUCUGACGCGCGUGUCGCUCACCUGCCAUAUUUCCACUGCCUGCUUUGUUUUGUUCUAUUUAUUUUUCUCUUUUUUGUUUCUAUCAAGAAUAAACUAAAUAUAUAUCCAUCACAUUCUCCAAGCAGACCUGGGGUUGAAGCAGGAGGUGAACGGCCAGUAUCAGUUUGUAUUGGCUGAAACUUGUGUUUUGGGAAAUUGCGCACCGGGUGUCCAGGAUCUGAGUCAUGGCAGAGGAGUGAGGCGCCUUUGCCAAAAUGCCUGUUGACUGGAAUAUAACUUUUUCACGGCGGUCCUAUGGAAUAUAGUCCGAUUCUACACAAUCUACAUGUUGUGCCAUCAUCCCACGUGAAAAACAAACUCUUUAUGUUCUGCAUAAUGCUGUCCCUCUGGGUGUACAUGAUAUAUUGUUGUGUCGGCUACUGCUCAACCAUGCCAAACCUGGUGUACAGCUCGGUGAGCAGGCACGACAACGACUCAGAUGUUGACAAUCAGGAGUCCUCUCUCGGGGCGUCCAGGGACUUGCUGAAUAACGAAAACGAUUUGGACAGCAGAGGAGAGGAGUGGGAUGAAAUUAGAGGCGAGGCGAAGGCGUUGGAUGAUAAUGCCAUGUCAGGUUUCCUCAAUGAGUCGGAAAGUAAAAAGUUGCCCCAGGCGAUCAUCAUCGGGGUGAAGAAAGGAGGGACCCGGGCGCUGCUGGAGUUUCUGCGCCUGCAUCCAGACAUCAGAGCGGUGGGAGCGGAGCCGCACUUCUUCGACCGCAACUACGACAAGGGACUGGAGUGGUACAGGGAACUGAUGCCCAAGUCAUCAGAGGGCCAGUUGACCAUGGAGAAGACACCCAGCUACUAUGUCACCAAGGAGGUCCCUGCAAGAAUCUACACCAUGUCUAAAGACACAAAGCUGAUUGUAGUCGUCCGGGAUCCUGUCACCCGGGCCAUCUCAGACUACACCCAGACUCGCUCCAAAAAGCCAGACAUCCCCUCGUUCGAGAACCUGACCUUUAAGAACAUGUCAGCGGGUUUGAUUGACACCACAUGGAGCGCCGUUCAAAUUGGCAUGUAUGCAAAGCACCUUGAGCGCUGGCUCCAGUAUUUCCCGAUGGAGCAGCUGCUGUUCGUCAGCGGAGAGCAUCUGAUUAGCGACCCCGCGGGCGAGAUGGCUCGCGUCCAAGACUUUCUCGGUCUCAGGAGGGUGGUCACGGAGAAGCAUUUCCACUUUAACCCAGCCAAGGGCUUCCCUUGCCUUAAGAGACCUGAGGGGAACAGCAAACCACACUGCCUGGGCAAAACCAAAGGCAGGACCCAUCCUAAUAUUGACCCAGAGGUGGUGCAGAGGCUAAGGGACUUUUAUAAACCCUUUAACAGCAAGUUUUACCAGAUGACUGGUCAUGACUUUGGCUGGGACUGAGGGGGAAGCUAUGAUGACAGACUCAUGCUGGUCCCUUGUCUGUGUUUUUUAUAAUCAUAUCACUCUGGAGAUAUUGUUAUACAGUGUAUGUACAGUAUUUGGUGGAUGUGUAAAAAGUUCAGAAGUCUAUUUUAUGAUAAUUUAUUGUUAUGAUAUUAACUCACUAAGCUGCCUAACCAGGAUUAUUCAUAACACUUCAUGUUCCAG